AUGGCAGAAGACUUGAAACCAAGUAUGGCUUCUGACUCCGAGAAGCUUGAGCCUAAUCAGCCUCAAAAUGAGACCCGCGAAUUCAAUACCAGGUCGGUUCUCACCAUCAUCGGGGCAGCCUUGUCAGCCUUCUGCACAGUGGGCUUCCUCAAUGCCUUCGGCCUCUUUAUAGACUACUACCGGAAUCAUCAAUUGGCCGACAAGUCCGAGUUCGACAUAUCCUGGAUCGGAUCCUUCUCGACGUUUGUGUUCUUCCUCGCCGCAGCUCCGGCAGGCCUUUUGGUCGAUCGCAUGGGUCCCACGAUUCUCCUCAUCAUUGGAGGCACAGCGACCCUCCUUGCCAUGUUCAUGAUCUCCCUGUGUCAUGAGUAUUACCAAUUCUUCCUCGCACAAGGACUUCUCCUGGGUAUAGGGCAGGCCUUUCUCGUCUGUCCUGUCUUUGCCAUGGUUAGCCGUCACUUUAACAAGAACCGCGGACUGGCGACUGGCUUCACGAUCGCAGGCUCCUCCUUGGGUGGAGUUAUCUGGCCCAUAAUGGCGGAUCAACUUCUAUACAAACACGGCAUCAGUUUCGGUUGGACCAUCCGCAUCAUUGCGUUUACGAUGCUUCCGCUCGUGGCAGUUACCUGCAUCACUGUCCGUACACCAGCAUCAGAAAAGACCACGAGCGAAGAGAAUGUCCCAGCCGCGCAGGAAAAGCAAUCAAAGAAAACAGACUUGUCGAUUCUCAAGAGUCGCGUGUUUCUCACAUUUGUUCUUGGAAUAGGGAUAUACUACCUGGGAAUGUUCUCCCCUUUCUUCUUCGUGACAACCUACGCCGUCAGCCUCGGUCUAUCCACCAGUUUCGCCUUCUACCUGGUUUCCAUCCUCAACGCUGCCUCGUUUUUCGGGAGAAUUUCGGCGGGUUGGGCCGCUGACCACUAUGGACAUUUCAACAUGUGCUCACUAGCGGCGAUGACAUCUGCUGUGGUUGCAUAUUGCUGGACGGCUGCCCAGUCGUCGGCAGGUCUUGUGGUGUGGAGCUUGGCUUAUGGGUUCUGUUCUGGUUCCAUCUUGAGUCUCCAGGUGUCGUGUGGAACGAAAUUGGCCGCGCCCGAAGCCUAUGGUACUGCUGUUGGGAUGAUUAUGGGAAUUGUCUCCUUGACUCUCCAAAUACUCGCCAUUGCCCUUCGCGCCUCUAGAGGCAGAGCAAAGAUGCCCGCAGCCAUGUCCUCACAGUCGCCCUCCCUCGACUCGAUCCUGCACACUCUCCAACAAUCUCUGAGCCACAACGACCCGUCUCAAGCGCAGUCCCAGUUACAAAAGGCAAAACUUGCCCUACUCCAACAGAAUGCCCUGAUUCCCUCUCCUCAAACCCCCCCACAGACACUAGCAACUGCUCGUUCGAUAUUGGAGGCCGGCGCCCUUCUCUCCAUCCGAUCAAGAGACCCCGAAUCGUUCGUGAGGUAUUAUUCACAGCUACAGCCCUUCUACGAUUUCCCCGGCCUGCAACAGACGCCUUCCAGGGAUCGAUCGAAACUCACGGGACUGUACCUGCUUCUGUUACUCAGCCAAGGUGAUUAUGCGGGUUUCCACACCCUCUUGGAGUCCCUGAUUGUCGCGGAAGGGGCAAAUGGGUCUUCCAGCGUCGAGGCCGACCCAUACAUCAAAUACCCUAUGGAGGUGGAGAGGAGUCUUAUGGAAGGUAGCUACGACCAGGUCUGGCGAAAGACAAAUGGGCGAGACGUGCCAGGUGAAGAGUUUGGCUUGUUCUCCGACAUCCUCAUCAACACCAUCCGCGUCGAAAUUGCUUCCUGCGCCGCUCGCUCGUAUCCGUCCCUUCCCAUUGCCUCGGCCAAAAACCUCCUCUUCUUAGAGUCCGAAGGCGCGGUCAUGGAAUUUGCGCGGGAGCAGGGUUGGAGUUUGGAAGAAGGGAGGAUAUAUUUCCCAGGACUGGAGGCGGCAAAGAAGCUGGAGGACGGAGACGAGAAGGAGGUGAUCAGCCACAUGGUCGAGUAUGCCAGAGAACUGGAGAGCAUUGUUUGA